CUAACUUCUGUCAACCAGGUCCAACAGCCCAUCUGAGUGGGUUCAAAUUCUCUCAGUACAACUAGGGGGAUCUCUCGUCCAAAACUGUCCGUUCUCUUAGCGCAACCUAGCGCUCUCCAGCAUAAACCCAGCGCUCUUUCAACCCAACGCACACCAUCGAACAAUGUCAGCCUCGACAUCGCUGCACCUUACACUAGUGAACAACGACCCAACAGCCACGAUCCUCGUCACGCCCGAUGGAGAGGCGCUUUACUCGAUCUUAACGCCCUCUUCUUCCUCUUCCUCUUCCUCGUCGCCAUCCCCUUCCCCUUCUGCUACCACUGCCAACGUAUUCCCUACUUCUUCCCAUCGCGACGGCCAAGUAAAAUCAGCACGGCCUGACGAUCAUCAAAAAGGAAAACAAAAACAAGAAGCACUGCAGUUCAAUCCAAGAAGGACACCCUCCACGACGACGAUCAAGAGAUUAGAGAGGUAUCACGCGAGUAUUGGACAUAUCGAGACGUCCAUUGGGGUGGUUGAGUAUCAUCGGGAGAAAGAGGGCGAGGGGACGAGGGUGAAGUUUUGCGAUGAGGGUAAUGAGCCACUUGAUUUGGAGGUUGGUCCAAAGCCGAGCUCGAGGAAGAUGCUUGGUCAUGGGGAGGAGAACGUGAUGGAUGGGGAUGAAGAGGGUGAGGAUGAUUGGGGGGUGGAUAGUUCAUGGGAAUUCACAGGGCCAGAUAAUAAACACUACAGAUGGCAAAUGGUCAUUCAAUCACCUAUGCUGAUACUAGCCGAACCAACAACCCUCACACCCCUCGCGCGCUACCGCCGCGCGAAAAUUGGCAUCGUCUCCCGACCGCGCAGAGCGUUUUUGGAGAUCUUACCGCCUGGCGUGGGGAUUAUAGAUUUUAUUGUGGUUACGUUUGUUGCGUUUAUGAAGCAGCGUGUGGGGAUUGAGGAUGGACGGAAGGGAGAGGAGGAGGAGGAGGUUGUGGUGGCUGAGUUGGGUGGUGUACGGAUACCGGGUGUUGAGGCGUUCAAGAGUGGGAGUUGAUGGUGGGUGGGGUGCAGUCAAAAUGAAUGAAGUGUGGCAUAUAAUCACUGGAAGCGUGUAUAUCUCAAGGUUUAAAUGGGCGAUCUUUUGUUCAGAUUGUCCAGGAGCUCGAGAGAGCUCGAAAUUUUCCUCAGCGCUGGCCAUGCGAAAACUUUCAACCGGUCAUCGAUUUUUCACCGCCCAACUGCCGUCUAAAACAUCCAGCCAAGGGAAUCUAUCAUCUAGCGUUCAUGCCUGUGAGCAGGUCGUCACUUUGUUCUAGCUGGUCUCUUUGCGACAACGAUGAUGCGAUGGCGGAGUAUAUCUGGAUUAUUAUCAGUUUUGGUUUUCAAUUUGCGAACUCUUGGCUAGCAUCAAGACCUUAGGAGACGGUCAUCGCUUUCUUGGCAAGGAAUUUUGAUAUUCGAUGGCCUGGAUAUUCGAUUCCACAUGUAUUUACUAUUUGGACGCACUUAGACUUGGAGGACGUUCAGCAAUGUGUAGUCCUGGUGUAAGUAGUCAGAACUGUAUGUAAGGUGUUUGAAAUUUCGCUGGGAUCCAUGACAAACAUGCACAUACAUCCGCUC